AUGAAAGCAGUCCCCAAGCAGAAGAUCCGAGAUCAAGGCAUGCUAGCAUACCUCAUGCGCGAAAUCCGGACACAGAUGCAACUCACCCACCCGUGCAUUGUGCAGUUACACUACUACUUCGAAGAUGAGCACCACGUUCUUCUUUUGCUGGAGUAUGCCAACGGUGGCUCCCUGUUCUCUCUUCUAAGGCAACAUGGCCAGCUACCUGAAGCCGAAGCGGCGAGGUACUACGUCGAUGUCGCGCUUGCUCUCAUGCACUUGCACAAGCAUGGGAUUGUGCACAGGGACUUAAAGCCCGAGAACAUACUCAUGUGUGGCGACCCUCCGACAAAGGCCAAGCUUGCAGACUUUGGUUGGUGUGCAGAGCUCGAGAAAGGCGGUGCGCCGCGGAAUACGUUUUGCGGGACAUGGGACUACCUCUCCCCCGAGAUGGUGGAGAACCAGCCUCACAACAACAAAGUCGACAUCUGGGCCACAGGCAUUCUCCUCUUCGAGAUGCUGACCGGCAGAGCUCCGUUUUCCGCACCAAGCCCAGCGAAGGCCACAGAUCGCAUUCGCAAGGUGGAUCUGCAGGUGCCUGGCUACGUGCCACCACUGGCCGCUGACUUGAUGCAAAAGCUCUUGGUUCGUGAGCCUGCGAUGCGACCUGGCCUGGUCUCGCGAAUCGGGCUCUCGGACCGGGGCUGGGCUUUCAACGACGCUCUGAAGCACAACUGGAUUGCCCUCCAAGUGCCUGGUACAUCCUUGGAGCUGACCAAGUCCACCGCCGAUGUUGGCGUUGCAAAGCAGCUGGAGCUUGCUGCAAGGCCGCCGACUCCAAACAAGGUUGUGCAGCCGCUAGCCCCACUUGCUGCGACAAAGGAGGUCACAGUCGACAGGGGGCCUGGGCCGAGCUCUGCUUACGCGGAGGCACCGCCAGAGAGCAGCCCGAACACGGCAUCGCCAGCGUCGACUCUCUCAGUGGCACCCGCUGGAGUUCGGCAUCGAGGCUAUUCCGAUGGGGACGGCAGCAGCCAUUCCGUGUCCUCUGCCUCCACAGUUCAGGCACGUUUAGGGUUUAGGGUUUUGCAGAAGUGUGCCGACAUCGCCUUCAUAUAUAUGUAUGUUCGGGCGCUGCAAUGUCUUUGGCUUGAGGACGGCUACGAAUAA